GAACGUCCGAACGAUUUGACAGAUGAUGUGGCUUUACGUCUUGUUCUUUAAUUUUUAUAAGAAAUAAAAUAUAUUGUAAAAUAUUAUAAUAAUGCCAAUAUGAAUCUAUUGAAGAUUGUAGUAUUUUCUGUGUUUAUCACAGCUUCUUACUGUAGGUUACCUGACAAAGUUUUCUGUGCUAACCAAGAAUGUAGCGCUCCGAUAUCAAAAGCUAAAACCCUAUUAAAUUACAAUAGUGUCGAUCCAGAUCUUAUAUCUUUUAAACGAAAUUCCGAAGCAACUAUUCUUAUGAAAUCAGCUGGAAGUAAUCGUGAUUUGUGGUAUGCGCAAAUUAAUGGUAUAUUAGGAUUUGUAAGCUCAAAAUUUUUGACCGAAACAAAAAUUAUUUCAAAAAAUUUAGUGGAAUUGCCUAUAGAGGCAAUAGCGAAAACUCCAAAUGUCCAACCUGAUAAAGUACAACAACCUCAUGAAGUGUUUGAAGGAACUACCAUAUAUACAACAGAGCCAUCUCAAGUGUCAGAAGAUGAUACUACUACAUCACCAGAUAUCAUGUCAACUAAAGCAGACAUUUUGAACAGUCAAAAUGAAAAUGUCCCCAUAAAUCCUCAAAAUAUUGAAACUAUUUUAAAUCAAGGCUCUACUGAGCCUUUAAAUAUGGAAGAAAGCAAUGAUCAAAUAAAUAUUGAAUCAAGUGUAGUGAUAAACAGUGAAGGAAUAAAUGAAAGCAAUAAAAAAGAAAAUAAUGAGAGUUCUGAGAACGAUAAUGUUGUUAGAUCAGAAACUAAAGAAUCCAUAAAUGAAUCUAAUUCAAAUGAAUCUGACAAAAAAGCUUCAGAAGUUAAUAUUGAAAAUAAUGAUGCUGACUCUAAUGCUAAUAAAUUUCCAAAAGAAUCAUCUGAGAUGAAUGUGGCUGAAUUCCUACCACCAAGUGUCACUAAUUUAGAACCAGAUGUCAAUGAACAAAAUGUAUCUGUUAUGUCAAACAUACCAAAUACCCUAGAACAAGUAACACCAAGUGAAAAUAUUCUUUCAAAUGAAUUUACACCACCAGUGGAUAAUGAUAGUGACUUAAAUAAAAUAUCUGAAGGCAAACAAGAAGAUAGUCUUCAAACAACUUUGCCUAGUGAGCAACAACUUCCAUCUAGCAUGCUUGAUGAACAACAUGAUAACACUCAACUAUUGGGCGAUCCUCAGAUUGAGAUUGCAGAAAAUCCACCUUCAGGAGAUUCAAUAAAUGAAAAUAAUAAACAAAAUGAUGAAACCAAUAUAAGCACAAAUACAGAUAUUGAAAAAACUACUGAAAAACCAGAACAACAAGAAGAGGCAUACCCAACUACAUCUAAACCAGAUGAAUCUGAAGUUUCCACGACUACUGCGACGGUGAAAACAGAGACAACCCUUGAGACUUCAACAUCUUUGUAUGAAUCCAAUACAAAUACCAUUCCUGCAGCAGAUAUAAACUUAUUGCUUCAGCAAAUGCAAAAUGCUGACACCACUACUCAAAGAGUUUAUAAGGAAGAAGUUACAACUGAAUCAUUGCCUAUAACUGAAUCACCAACAGAGACUAGCGAAUUCAAUACAGUCACUGAAGAGUUUUUAACAACCUCCACUGAAAAUCUCAUAGAAGAAGUUUUCAGUUCAACCACUGAAACACCAGUUUCACAAGAAGAGAGUGAAGGUUUCUUUUCAAGCAUUUACACAACCGUUGCUGAUAUGAUCCCACCUACAACAGAGGCACCUCCUGAACCAAUAUUUAAUCCAGACCUUGUGCAGUCACCACAGAGUGAAGAAUCAGAAAGUUUCUCUUUCAUCAGUUACUUAUUCAAUACGUUUAACUCAAUAAUGGGAACAACUGAACAAGCGGACAUACUUUUUGAUACUGCCAAAGACACCUGUUAUACUAAUGAUUACUGUGAUGGUGAAUCGUUCAGUCAGCGUAAUAGACUUUUAGCCUUCCUCCUAACAACUGCAUCUUCUGUUCUCCUGUUUACGUUGGGUUAUUACUAUAUUGAUAAUAAGAGACAAGACAGCAAGUUUAUUGGUAUCAUAAAUCAAUUACAGCGGGAAUUGCUUUUUACCACUAAGGAGUGUGAGAUCCUCAAAGAGGAGCUUUCAACUACAAAAAAUAAAUUGACUUCAAUUGAAGAUAAUUCUUUUGGAAUGGAUGACAUGGUGCUCUCAUUGAAGGAAGAAAUUAAUGAACUGAAAGCACAAAACGAUAGAUUGCGAAACUCUUUAGAUGACAAUGAAAAGUUGCUGAGAGUGUCUGAAAACACUGCUGGUGAAUUGCAAAAUACAUUAAGCGAAGUUGAAAACACUCUCAGUGAACUCUUGGCAGAAAGAGCUCAUUCGGAAGAGCAAAUAGCAGAGUUAAAUGGUAAGAUUCAAGCAUUUGAAGAAGAACUGAUAUCUGUAAGUAGGGAACGAGAUAAUUAUCAAUUGAAAUAUGCAUCGGCUGAAACAGCACUGGAAGACUUCAAAAAGCAGAAAAAACAAUUAGAUGAACUUAACCAUGAGCUUUCUGAAGCCCGCAAUAAAAUAGAAUUGCAGAAACAUGAAAUUGUUGCACUGAAGGAUGCUAUAAAAGAAUUAAAGAGUGGCACACCAUCAAACACCGAUGUAACAUCUUUGAUAGAUCACACAGAAAUCAAAGCUAAACUAAGCAAAGCUCUUGAAGAAAGAGAGUCAUUUAUGGGGAAAUAUGAGGUAGAAUAUAAAGAGAGAAUUCGUCUUGCUGAUGAGUUAAAGACUAUGCAGGAAUCAUACAAAACCGCAAGUCAGCAAGCCUCCGAAGCAGUUACUAGACUCGAUGUCUUAGAAAAAUACUUCCAAGAUCGUGAAUGUGAAUUGUUAAAAGAACUAAGCACAAAAGAAUCGCUGUGGCUUAGCAAACAAGGUGAAUCGGCGAGCACCGUUGAAAAAAUUGAAUUAAUGCAACAGGAGGUGCAAAGAUACAAGGAAAAGUGUGACACGCUAACUCUAGAGUUGGCCGAACAGGAGUCAGCGCGUCGCACGGCCAUCAGCGAGAUGGAGACGCGAGCUCACACCGCGUGGCUCGAGGCGCGCCAGGCCAAGCGGGAGGCGGACGCCGCGAGAGACGAGGCCACGACCUUGAGGAGGAAGCUGGCCGCUAUGCACCAGGCUGAUGGGGCCGCGUCCCCGAAUAGACCCGUGGCGUCCCCGCUGGAGGUGGUAGACGGGUUGCCGCCGCCGCUGGCGUUCCUGCCGCCGCCGCUGUUGCCGCCGCUGCCCCGGCCGCCGCCUCUCGGCCGGCUGCCCUCACCGCAUGCGCCUAGGUACAGCGAGCGGCGGUACUCGCCGGACAGCCGGUACUCGCCGGAGAGCCGCUACUCGCCCGAGAGCCGCUACUCGCCGGAGACGGUGCGCUACUCGCCCGGCCGCCGCUGCUCGCCGCGCUCGCGCCGCUCGCCCCGCUCGCCCCGCUCGCCCCGCUCGCCCCGCUCGCCCUACUCGCCGCGCUCUCGACGGCGGUCCAUAGAGAGGUACGAAAGUGGCAGAGGCUCGCGAUCCCGAAAUGGACCAGCUGACACUGAGACCGAGUACAACUCAGAUGACUCGAGAAGGCCGAGAAGACGGAGAUAUUCCACACGUUCAGGCGCUAGUUCCGGAUCGGGAUGUUCGUCGGAGUCUGAGAAGUGAUUGUUAAUUUAAUGUAUGAGGCCAAAAGCCUUGGCAAGGAUAACUUUAUUGGGGGUUGUUAUAAGGGAGAUACUGGCAAAAAUAAAAACAAUUUUAGAUGAUAUUGUAUGUUAUGCUUUAUUUAGUAUACCACCCGGAGCGAAUUUGUAUCUAUUUUAUUUUUUGUAUUUAUUUUAAUAGUCAUAUAUAAUAAUGUUUGGAUUUGGUCGUUUGUAUCAAAAUUCUAAUAUUGAUCAUUACAAGGUUGACUUGAUUCAACGUUCAGCUCCUCCGUUUUUCUCUUCCUUUGUAGACAAGAAUCAACAAUAACUGCCAUUAUAUUUAUUUAUCUAGAUAGUAUUCCUCUAAUUGUAUUCAUACAGGAGAGUGCCAAAAAUGUAGAAUUUGUAUAUAUCCUUAUAUUAUUGGAGAAACAAUUUUAAGUAUGAAUUGCAAUUGCUAGAAAUCAAAUUAAAUUAUGUUAUUAUUGAGUUGGAGCAGCUUAAUAAUGUAGAUUGCAGGCCCUUGUCGUUUGGUAAUUGCGUGUAUUUAUAUUUGUUCUUUUUACUCUUAAACAAAAGUUUGAACAAAGAGUACAAAUUUUAGAAAUUUGGUUAUUACAGUCUAACUGCAUUUGUAAUAGUCGCUUCUAGAGCGCGAUAAAUUUAAUAAUGUGUUAAAGAACGCAUUAAUUAAGAUUCAUAAUAAUAAAAAAAAAUGAAAUCGAUAUGACGUUAAUGACGACUAUUUUUGGCAUUCUCCUUGACAUUAUAUAUUAAUAUGACGUCACGUGGUAAACAAUGUGUUUAUUAAAGCUGUUAUCUUAUAACGAACCUGUUUAUUGGGGCCACGGACACUCCAGCAAUAAGUAUUAUAAUCUGAAGUCAAUACUAAAUAAGUAUAAACUAAAUGUAUAUUUUCCAGUCUCUUGGCGAAACACGGCUAAGUUAUUAUUAAGAUGUUAUGUUAUUUGUUAAUUUCGUAUAGUUUGCAUCAAAAUAACUGUUUAAUUUUAACCAAAUUGUGUGUAAUGUAAAAUUACAUUUUGUUGAAUUUCUGUACCUGAUCUAUUAUACAGUCAUUUCUACGAUGUCAGUACUAUGAUAACUCUUACGACCUUAUGGCAUUUGAUAAGCCUUCUGCUUCAAACAAUCCGAGUGGUUUCUUAAAAUUUAUCUUAUGAGAUACUUAAAAUGUUCACGCACUGUUACUUUUUAUGUUUUCCGAUUUGAGUACUUAUUGGUUUCAAACGUCAUCUGGCAACAACGACACGGUUUUUAUUAUUUAAAAAUUAUUUUAUUAGAUGAUAAUAAUGUAUAUUGUAUUAGAUACGAAUUAAAAUAAUUUUCAAUUAAUUUUAUCCA